CUGUCCUAUUUUAAGCGGCGCAGUUGGUGCACCAGGAACCCAGUGCCCAGCUCCCGGGGGCCCUGCUCUGCCUUGCUGCCCGCUCACGCUGCCCGGGCACAGGGAGCCAUGCCCAGGGAGGCUGGAGAAGACAGCAUGGGAAGGGCUGAGAGUGCUGCGCCAGCAGAGCCUGGGGACCCCGACGGCAGCGAGACUGGAGCCAUCAGCCUGCGCCCCGUGGAGUCCAUCAGCGACUUGCACUGGGCAUCCGGCGGGCACAAGGGCAUCGAGGGCAACGGCCCAGCUCCCUCCAGCAGCCUGCGCCGGCCCCCGCCUCGCCCCGUGACCCCCAGCCCUGUGCUGCUCCUGCCCACCCUGCGCCCCGUGCCUGCUGCUGGCCCCUGCCCCUGCCCCUGCCUCGGCCCCGGCCACCUCGUGCUCCUGGCCCUGCUGGGGUUCCUGGCGUUGGUGAGCCUGGUCCUGGCCACGCUGGCCAUCUACCUGAGUGUCCUGCAGAGCCAGUCAGUGCGGGCACUGGCCCAGUGGCUGGAGAGCCAGGAGGACGCCGUGCGCCAGCUGCGGGCAGCAAGCAGGCAGCUCUGGGCUCGCUUCAACACCAGCACCGAGCCCAACGGGCACCGCUGAGCUGCUCCUGGCCCCGCCACAGGCACUGGGCCACCACGGGAAGGGGCACCGAAGAGCAGGAGGGGUGAGUGGGCAGCCCUACCACCCCCCAAUCCUGCUCAGACCUGGCAGCAUUGCCCUACGGGGUGCAGGGGGUUAUGGG